AUGGAUCUAUCAUGCUAUUUUCGUCAGGAUGAGCGCGCAGAACUGGACCGAGUAUUUACAGCCACGCUGGAAAAUGAUAGUGCCCUUGUCUUCUGGACAGGAAUAUCACCAGACCUUGCGAAGACUUGGGCCGGCAAGAACAAUCUGAAAACUUUGACUAUGGCGAUGGGUGCGCUCUAUAGCGACCAAAGCGCAGCAAGCCUUCGAUCUCGAAAAACAACUAAGUCAUGGUCCUCGUUCAUGAAAGGGGCGUCUGGACUGUUCGCUCAACAUGCAUGCCAUGGCCGGCGUGCUAUCGUACUCACAAACCCGCCUCCAAAUACUUAUAGCACAAGGUUACGUUCAAAUUAUCGCGACAUCGAAGAGCCAAUACUCAAAGGGGUCGGAUGUAAAGUACAUACGAUUAGGAUCGAUCAUGCGCAUCCUACAGUUCCUGGUGCUGAACUUUUUGUGUAUCAGACCUGGCCGGAGGACACAUCGUUCAAGUGG